GCUUUAGUUAUAUUUUAAUCACUCGCGACGACGGUCGAUCGUAGUUCAACUGCCCGUUUUGGUUCGAACGCGCAGUCACUCCUGCAUUUCAUCCCAGUUUCCUUUGCCCAGUCGGGGAAAACGAGGACCGUUUUGGUGGUUCUUUUUUUGUGAUUUUUGUUGUAAAUUUUUCUCGGAACGUGCGGCCCUUCGUUAAUGUGAGUGCCAUUUCUCCUUUUUAUUGUUGCUUGUAACUGAACAGAAGCAAUUUUUGCACUGCAAACAGAACAGAUGUCGCGAAAGUGAUCAUCAUUUCGAACGGAAUCGAGCUGUGCUUCCCGAAGAAACUCGCCAAAGUUUUACGACCGUGUGCCGCGGUGGAAUUUGUUUGCCAUUUGGAUUUGCAGAUACAAGAAAAAAGUCUGCUGUUUAGUGCCCGGCGAAAGGAGAAUAGAAAAUUCGCAGCAGGUUUUAAAAAUAAGAAUACGCGAUUUCUUUAAUCGGAAACGCAGCAACAGCAGCAGCAGUAGUGUCACGUCCGGCAGGAGCGAAACUUUGCGUUGGAGUAAACAGCGGUACCAGACAGUGUGACUGCUAAAUCAUGACAACCACCCGAGAGCGACGAGAAGAAUAUCACUCCAAUGUAGUUCGCACAUUGACCCCUUCAGGACCACUUUCACCCGGUACGCACACGACUGAGUUCGAUAGUAAUCUAGAUAACCUUUUGGAGGACCUACAGGCAAGUGUUUCCCGCCCGGGUAGCUCGCUAGGUCAACCCAUUACCGGCAGCUACCAAACGACCCGUGAAGUGCAGUAUUUGCAGCCAGCCAAUGUCACCACCGUUGCCCGGGAGCGUUCGCUCAGUCCCAGUGUUCAGACGAGCGAACGUAAAUUAUACAAAACAUCCAAAUACGAAUACAAGAGUAGCAGUUCCAGUGGCGGCGGACCUGUCACCGGAUCGGAAGGGGUCAGCGAAGUUUACCAGCGCAACAUCAAUCAACUUGACACGCUGUUGAACGACCUUGAAAGAGAGCGCGACUCUUCCUUGGACCGAAGUCAACGUAGCCACAGCCGUACUGGCAUCGAUUCUGGAUUAACUGAGUCUGGAUCGAAAAUCGUCAAAACUACUCACACUUAUUCGUCAGCUACCGGCAAACAGCCUGUCUCCAGAGAACUAGUAUUUGAUUCCCCGGGUAGCUACGAAGUCCGUCAGUCCCGAUCACGCCACCGUAGUCCAUCGUAUGAAAAUGACUCGACCACGGUAAAAAAUGUAUCCUACAGUUCCGACCAGAGUGGUAUCUACGGAGGAAUAAAUCGUUCUCGCACGGUGACCCCGGUCCGAUCCGAACAGUAUUAUACCGAAACACGUACCGUUUCACCGAACGCCGAACUUGUACCACGAAAUGUUCAUUACAACGAAACGGUCUCCGUGGAUACUAUUCCGGCGUCAAAAGCUUUGGCCAAUAUUCCACUAUCCGACAAUAUAUUGCCGCGACCGAAUACCAAGGUAACCACAACGGUUCGCACAUACACAUACGAACUUCCGCCUGACAGCGAACUGAACCAAACGUUAUCCUAUCGCAACGAAUCGUUCAACCAAACCUCUAACACCUUGCCUGUUGCCUAUCCGGAACGUGAUUUGUCUCCAACUCAACAUGUGACGCCAACUUCUAAGACCAUUCUGGUCAAGAACGAAACCAUCAACACAACGAAUAACGUUCAAGAAUACCCGGUUCCGACUAUUCUAGACCAUCAACUACCGCCGAACACAGCCAAAACCAUCUACUACAAGAAGGAUACCAAACACUCAACAACCAACACGUAUCCAGUCUACCCGGAUCACCCGACCGGUCCCCUUACGACCAAUUUCAGAGCGAUCGAUGCCCCUCCAAUCGGAGACAAUCCCCCACCACGUCCAAUCAAGUACACGGAGAGCCCCUCUUACCCACCGGGAACAAACACAUAUAUUUACCGCGAAGAACGCACCAACAGAACCAACAAUCGGUACGGAUCCCCAGUUCCCAUCGUAGAAUAUCCGGACCGGCAUGGAACAUACCCGAGAGAGCCACAACCAACUACCGUGACAUAUAAGUACAGCUCAACCACUACCAACGCUUCUAGGAAUAUAUAUCCACCACCGGAGGAACGAGAACCACUGCUGCAGCCCUUCCCCACAGAAGGAAUUCCGCCUAGUGAGAUAGACGGAAAUCCUCCCAAGAGGGUUGAUGAUUUAAUGGCGACACUUGGAGAGAAUGGACAGAUAACGUACAUGUCGCAACACACGCACAGCCACGAGAACGGCACCGGCCCGAAGAAACCACGGGAAGCUACUCCGCCCAGAAAAGUGCAACUGGAGGAACCCAUCGACAGCAAAGUGGUUCCCAUUUCUUCGAAAAACGUUGCCGGUCCACCGGUUUACUACCCGCCCGGACACGAAAUGUUUGCCAAGAAGGAAAGCGAAGCCGCCGCUUGGAGGGCCCAGGGUGAAUACGCCAAAGCCAGCGGAAAGUAUAUGUACGAAGCGGAGAGUAAAUCGAAAAGCAGUUCUAAAUCCGGAGCCGCCGUCGUUCCCGUUUGUCUUCCGCUCUGCUGUGCCAUGCCGUGUAGCAUCAUGUGAAGGAUGUUACUGUGUUGUUGUUGUUCUUGUUGUGUUGUAAAAUGCAGGCUAGCCGUAGCGAUGUAUACCCAAAAGCAUACUUACUUAAAAUAUUAACAAAUGUUAACAUUUCACUUUCACAAACAACGACAGAACAUGUGCCAUUCGCGAACGAACUUUUAACUUCCGGAAACGAAUAGACUUUUUGCCCGAGAGUUCAGCCGUUCGGAAAACAAUGUCUUGAAAUAAAGCAACAAAAUGCUUGGAAUCUCUAAAAACUUCAAUGCGUAUUAACGAUAUUAUUUUGUUGUUAUUUUAUAAAUUCUAAUUCAUGAUGCCAAUAAAAUUGCGAUUCUUGAGAAUA